AUGAACCCAUCGAUUGCUCAACUGGGAGAUAUAGACGGUCUCUACACGCUAAUUCAGGAGAAUCCAAGCGUUUUGGAGGACAUUGAGGUGAUACCAUUUGUUGAAACUCCUUUGCAUGUUGCUGCAUCUUAUGGGCAUCUCUCAUUUGCUUCUGAGAUUAUGAGAUUGAAACCUUCGUUUGCCGUGAAGCCAAAUAAGGAAGGAUCCAGUCCCAUCCACCUUGAUUUAGAAAAACUAAAUCAGCAAGAGUACAACCCCAUCCACAAGAGAAUGGUGAUUCGCUUUGUGGAAAUUAAUAGAGACCUUGUCCGUGUCAAAGGAAGAGAAGGCAUAACGCCUCUCCAUUUUGCAAGUCGAAUUGGAGAUGUUGACCUUUUAUCGAACUUCCUAUCUGCUUGCCCAGAUUCCAUUGAAGAUGUGACUGUGAAAAGCGAGACCGCCUUGCAUAUUGCAGUGAAACAUGAAAAGUACGAGGCUCUUCAAGUAUUGGUUGGCUGGCUCAAGAAAAGUCCAAGAAGGGGUGCCAUGAAGUUAGAACAAAGAAUACUGAACUGGAAGGAUGAAGAAGGCAACACCAUUUUGCACAUUUCAGCACUCAAGAAUGACUCACAGCCGCUUCAAUUGUUGGUAAAGACUAUGCGGAAUUUGAACGCCAAGAAUUUGGAAAACUCAACAGCAUUAGACAUAGCAGCAGCCAAUAAUGCAGAGAUGGAAAGUAUAUUAGUGAGUGGUGGAGCAAGACGCGGUUCAUCAGUUACUAACGCUCCCUCCUUUGCAGAUAAGCUAAAGUCAAAACUCACAAUUAUGGAUAAAAUAAUCAUUUAUAUACUUCGCUCAAUGAAUAUAACAGAUGACCAACGCAAUGCUUUACUGGUAGUGGCUACUCUUGUUGCAACCGCAACUUAUCAAUUGACACUGAGCCCACCUGGUGGAGUUUAUCAGGCAAACGCUGGGGAUAAUAAUUUGAACUCUACUUCCCUCAAUUCCACAGCUACUGCUACCGGACGAAACGCUGGGAAAUCGGUCAUGUCUAAUCGUGAUUUCUUUGCCAUAUCCAUUCUUAAUACGUAUAUAUUUUUACUAUCUAUUAUGACAAUCUUUGUUAUGGUUCCAAGUGUGAGGUUGGCUGCUAUAGUGACCAUCCCACUGGUUUUGCUUGCCAUCGCCUAUAGCUAUUCUGCGCAGGUGAUAUCCCCUAGCUUGGCUAUAUCAUAUUUCAUCAUCAUUUAUGUGCCCGGAUUCCUUGGGUGUUUCUUGAUGCUAACGUGGACACUUAAAAGAGUGUACAAGAGACUUCCAAACAGGGAAUAG